GCGAGCUGGUCUACGAGCUCUCAGACAGUGAUCAGUUGGCGGUCCAGGAGUACACCUUGAAGUACAUCUUCGUGCUUGGGGACCUCCUCCCGCUCGUGCUCAUGCAGCCCGAGGAGAUUGCAGACGUCUUCGCACAGGAAAGGGGCCAUCCCCUGCUGCGGCGCCGGCGGAUCCUUUCUACGUUGCGGGUUUCCUGGUGGAAUAUGCUGGUGAAU